GCCGCACGUUGGCAGUCUACGAGCUUGUAUCACGCUGGUCUCGUGAAAAGGCAGCCGAGACGAGCUGCCAUUAGCAUCUUGCCGGUCGAGCCGCGCCGCCGCCGCGACACGCGGCCGCCGGAACGUAUAUUACUACCAUGCCCACCUCCCCAGGGUCUCCAAGCGUCGUGGGCCGCCCCGUCGUCGAGGAUCCCUACGGCGACGACUCGCAGGACGACCAGUUCGAGGAGACGACGACCAGUUCGCCCAUUCGCGACGUCGGCGCCGGCCCUCCGAAGGCAGCGACACCGAAAGCAGCGACCCCGAAGCCGCGCACGCCCAAAUCCGCGACGCCCAAAGCCGCGACGCCCGCGAGAUCGUCCAUAGACGAUGAUGAGGAUGAUGGCUACGACGACGACUUCAACGAGUCUCCCCAGAAACCGAAGAAGACGGCCGAUCGGCCCCUGAAAAUCGGCUCGUUAGUACUAUCUGUAGAACAAGCUAAAUUGAUGAGGGUCGCCGACGAGGACGAAUUGAUGGCGCGCGCGGACAAGACCCUCAAGAAGGGCCGAAAGGCCCCCGUGAAGAAACAUACCAUCGACAUAUUGAGUGAACCCAACCCAGCCAAGUUCAGUAGGGAGCGCUACGAGGCCGAGAAGAUGUUGAGACGGGAGGAAGCGCGCGUCGAGCGGGAGAGGAAGGCGCGCGAAGAUCGCGAGUCCGCGGAGAAGGCGGGCAUUGACGGCCUCGGCGACGAGGCGAAAGCGGAACCUACAACAAGAUUGGACGCCGUCACGCAGAACAAACUCAUAAGGAAGGCUCGUAGACAAGGCUUACCGGACGACCACUACCUCGGAUCGACGCAGCGAGAGCUGAAACGGCCCGAGCUCCGAAAGCCCGGUGGAUGGCUCCGCGAAGAUGAUGCAGUAAAUUGCACGUUCCAGCCCAAAGUAGCUACCGCCGAAUCGUUGCGGGCUCAGAGAGCUUGCGGGUAUGAAUUUGCGAGGGAUAGUGGUAAGAAGGCGGACGGCGACGAAUUUGUCGAGCGGUUGGCUCGGAGUGCGCGCCAUAGUCGACGAGCGAAGGAGGAGGCCAUUGGGAAGCAGGAAUAUAGCUAUAGAUUGGACAAGAAGCAAUGUCCAAAAUGUGGUGCUGUCCAGAGUUAUGAUGAAUACGUAGAGCGCUUUUCGAAGGGCCGGAACUGCCAGGAAUGCCACGUGCCCUACAGACAUAAGAGGCCCGCCGGGUCGAAGGGUCUGGAUGCCUGGCUCGAACGGCAGGACAAGGAGUUGCAAGCGCAACGGGAAAGGCGCAAGGAGCUCGUGCGGCGGCACGAACAAUCACUGAGGAAGGACGAGUUCGGCUCGGAAGAAGCGCUCAAAAAGAUGAACAAGUACCAGAAGGAACUAAGAGCGAAGGUCGAGCAGGGGCCGUCCUUCCUAGAACGGUUAGAUGAGGACGUCCGACGGCGCAAGGCCGCGAAGGAGGCGCGCGCGGCGGAGAAGAAGGUCACAACCCGCAAAACGGCCUGGGAGGAGGACCUAAACCAGUUCCUGCGGGAGGCGGCGGCCGCGGCUCCGGAGCCCGAACCGGUGGAACGGCCUAUUGUACGAAAGAAGAAGGUGUCGUCGAAGCCUGUACGUCGGGGCCUGCGCGUGCGCGGGCCGGGGCAUCCCAACGUGGCGGACCCCUAGGCUUUCGUUUGUGGGGGGCUAAGUAUCCGACCGCGGAA